CUCUGCUAUUCUUAGGAACUCUGCUCUAAGUCCUACCACUGCUGUUCAGGUCUCACAGCCCCACAGACCCUCAGACAGGCGCCCUCCUCCUCCUGAACGGCCUCGCGCCGGACAGCCUGUCCUUCCUCUCUUCUCUCGCUCUGCGCUGUUUCUGACACGGCCUACUCCUGUGUCUUUUCCCGUGAAGAGCUCCCCCUGGCAGCUGAGCGAUGCAGGCGCAGGAUCUGAUCCGGCAGUUCCGGGUGCCCGACCUGGGCGACAUGAGGCAGUACGUGCGAAGUUUGCCCACCAACAUACUCAUGGGCAUGGGGGGGUUCGCUGCCAUCACCACCUACUGGUACGCAACCAGGCCCAAAGCACUCAAGCCGCCCUGUGACCUCGCCAUGCAGUCCGUGGAGAUUGAGGGUGGGGAGUACGCUCGGCGCUCCAUCCUGCUGGACGAUAACAAGCUCAUGACUCAUUUCUACGACGAUGCACGAACGAUGUACGAGGCUUUUUUACGGGGACUAAGAGUUUCCAACAACGGGCCUUGUUUAGGAUCGAGACAACCCAAGAAGCCAUACGAGUGGCUCUCGUAUAAAGAGGUUGCAGACAGAGCUGAACUGAUCGGCUCAGCGUUGCUUCACAGAGGCCACAGUCAAACAGGAGACAAAUACAUCGGCAUCUUCGCCCAGAACAGACCUGAGUGGACCAUUUCAGAGCUGGGCUGCUACACCUACUCGCUGGUGGCCGUUCCCCUGUAUGACACACUGGGCACUGAGGCCAUCAGAUACAUUAUAGACAAAGCCCUGAUCUCAACAGUGAUCUGUGACGUGGUGGAAAAGGCACGGACGGUUCUAGACUGUGUGUUGGGCCAAGAGCACAGCGUUAAGACCAUUGUUCUAAUGGAGGAGUUUGACAGUAAGCUUACAGCACGAGCGCAGCAGCAGGGCAUCCAGAUCAUCAGCCUGAAAGAACUGGAGGCUAUAGGCAAAGCCAACUACAAGAGGCCAAUGCCUCCGAAACCAGAAGACCUCGCUCUGAUCUGCUUCACCAGCGGAACUACUGGAAAUCCGAAGGGAGCGAUGCUCACACACGGCAACGUUAUCUCCAACUGUGCCGGCUUCAUCAGAAUAACUGAGGGGAAGUUGCGGCCGAAUCGUCACGACACCCUCAUCUCCUUCUUGCCUCUGGCGCACAUGUUUGAGAGAGUGGUGGAGUGUGUGAUUCUGGUCCACGGAGCGAGGAUAGGUUACUUCCAGGGUGAUAUCCGUUUGCUGAUGGACGAUCUGAAGACCCUGAAGCCCACUGUGUUUCCUGUCGUCCCCAGACUGCUCAACCGGAUGUUCGACAAGAUCUUCGGGCAGGCGAACACCCCGCUGAAGCGCUGGCUGCUGGACUUCGCUACGAGGAGGAAGGAGUCGGAGCUUCGCAGUGGUGUUGUGAGGAAAGACAGCAUGUGGGACAAACUGAUCUUCAGCAAAGUCCAGGCCAGUCUGGGUGGGUGUGUGAGGCUGAUGAUCACCGGAGCUGCUCCAGUUUCCCCCACUGUCCUCACAUUCCUAAGGGCUGCUCUGGGUUGCCAGUUUUAUGAAGGCUAUGGACAGACUGAAUGCACCGCGGGAUGUUCCAUGUCUCUGCCAGGAGACUGGACGGCAGGCCAUGUGGGAGCUCCACUGCCGUGUAACUACGUUAAGCUGUUGGACGUUUCUGAGAUGGACUACCGUGCUGCAAACGGGGAGGGAGAGGUGUGCGUGAAAGGACCAAACGUGUUCCAGGGCUACCUGAAGGAUCCAGAGAAGACAGCCGAGGCCAUCGAUAAGGACGGCUGGCUGCACACGGGAGAUAUUGGAAAGUGGCUUCCGAACGGCACUCUGAAGAUCAUAGACAGGAAGAAGCACAUUUUCAAGCUUGCGCAGGGCGAAUACAUCGCUCCAGAGAAGAUUGAGAACGUCUACAUUCAGAGCGAUCCUGUAGCCCAGAUCUUUGUGCAUGGAGAGAGUCUGCAGGCGUGUUUGGUGGGGAUUGUGGUGCCAGAUCCCGACUUCCUCCCAGGAUGGGCAAAGAAAAGAGGCCUGGAAGGCUCCUACACAGAGCUCUGCAAGAGCAAGGAACUGAAAAAUGCCAUUCUGGAGGAUAUUGUACGGCUGGGGAGAGAAGCCGGCCUGAAGUCCUUUGAGCAGGUCCGAGACAUCGUCCUGCACCCAGAAAUGUUCUCCGUCCAGAACGGCCUUUUGACGCCCACUCUGAAAGCUAAGAGAACUGAGCUGAGGAACCACUUCAGAGAACACAUCGACCAGCUGUACGCCAGGAUCAAGAUGUGAAGGAUCUCAGAGACAAAGAGAACAGGAAAGACAGAGGACGGGAGAACAGAUGGACACGGAAGGAGAGAGAAGAUGGGAGGACAUCUCUCUUCCUCUUUGCCCAUCUUUUUCUCCUUCUCCCUACAGUGGACACACAGGUGGGCAGUAAAGCCUCCACAGACCCUCACACACAGGACAUUCAUCACUGUGGUGAAGCCUUGGUGAGCUCCCAGUUAUGAAGUGCGAUUAUUACGAUCACCACAAGGUGGCGCCGCUCUCGCGUUGCAACAGGGGUUCAGUAUGAACAAGUACUUUGGCCACUUCAUUCUCUAUAUUAUAUUUUUAAAAAUGACACAUAAGUCUGAUUGAAGGCCUUAAGGCCAGUAAACGCCUUCAUUCAAUCUGAAUCAUAUUCAUUUGUUCGGUAACACUUUACUGUAGGGUGCUGUUCAUAAGGCUACAUGACACUUACAUAAGCUUGUCGGUAACACUUUCUAUUAAUAUUUCAUUGUUUAAACA